AUGAACCCUUACAACGAAAUGUACCAGUUGUUCAGUCCUGAUGCACUCGGUAUCUACUCGAACAAUGUAACGUUGUAUUUUCGAAAUUCACCGUAUCGUGUACAGAGUGAUUUGACGGUGGAAAUGGGAGCGUUGCUGACCGUGGAAACUGGUGUACAGCUUUAUUUUGAUCCAGGCACUGGCAUCAAGGUCAACGGAGGUAUUUGGGCGGUGGGGAAUGAAUUUGCUCGCAUUCAAAUGUUGCCUUACCAGCAGACCAGUAAUUAUGAUCGAAAGAUGCCUACUUUUCGCCUCAUCGACGGGCCAUCUGUAAGGCAAGGGCGCCUACAAGCGAAAUUUCGGGGCCGUUGGCGAUCGGUGUGCACGAAGCUUACGAAGUGA